CCGUCGAAAUGGAUUUAAAACAACGCAAAUUAUAGAAUUAGAAAGAGAUAAUUUACCGUCGUUUUGAAUAGGAAACCUAAGCUAACUGGUUAUUAAAAGUGUUUAAUGUCCAGUGGCCGUUUUUCUAACCAGUUAAGUAGUUAGUGUAAAAUAAGGUUAUAUCUGCGGGGAAAUGUUUUUGUUUUGACUGGUAGGUACCGAGGCCGCAGAUCUCCUCCUUCAUCAUCGUAGGUCACACAACGAUCAACAGCGUUUCCUGCAAACUCCGAAAAGGAUCGUUUUUGAAGGACUUUUAUUUUAUUUGGACGUUUGAUUACACCCCCCCCCCUCCUCCUCCCCCAGACGGAUUGAAGAAGAUUUAUUUUUAUUUUUUAGGACUUUGCGCCGUUUUUUUUUACGGCGGAAGAGCGACGCUUUUCCGGGCCUCGUUAUGGACUCCUAACCGCGACCCCGGUGCCGCGCUGCUUUCCGCAGCUACAAGGCCCGUUGUUUCCGCGAGAGAAGAGAGACUCUUACUGACUGUAUUAAUAACCGGGGGAAGAAAAAAAAACCCGUAAUGGACACUUGUGGAACUGUACUUUUUCUUGUUGUUUUACCGGACACUUAAUUAACGAACUGACCGGGUUAUUAAGUCCGGGUCUGUCACUACCUAGUAGUUUGGUGUCUUUGACGCAAACAACUACAAGGACUAUCUGUGAAUACUUCCUCUUAGUUCAUUGCCUGGUUUCCCUUCGAUAAUUAUCUUAUUAUAGAAUAAUCUGGUAGCUUCCCACCUCCACCUUCAGUCUCAGAUCAUAUCUACUACUGGUUAUUUGUUAUUUCUUUAACUAACGUGUUGUUUUCCCCCCCUUUCCUUUGUCUUUUGAGUUUUGAAUUUAAGUGAUUAGUUGUGAGAAUGUCGUGUGUUCAUUAUAAAUUCUCGUCCAAACUGGACUACAACACCGUGACCUUUGACGGGCUGCACAUCACCCUGGCCGAGCUGAAACGGCAGAUUAUGGGCAGAGAGCGCCUCAAAGCCACCGACUGCGACCUGCAGAUCACCAACGCACAGACCCGUGAAGAGUACACUGAUGAAGAGGUUCACAUCCCCAAACACUCAUCAGUGAUCGUCAGACGCACCCCCAUCGGAGGGGUCAAACCAGCGGGCAGAACGUUCAUUGUUGACCGUUCUGACAUGGCUGCUGGAUCCUCCAGACCCGUAUGUAACAAAGCCCUCUCAUUUUCCUUACUAUCUCUGUCCUCUGUUUAUAAACUCUGCUCUGGUGGUUAAAGAUACUGUGUAAACUCUGUUCUGAUUGGUCAAUAGUUAACUCUUGAGUUGUCAUGGUGAUUAAUAUUCUGUUCUGAUUGGUCACCAGUUAACUCUUUAGUUGUCAUGGUGAUUAAUAUUCUGUUCUGAUUGGUCACCAGUUAACUCUUUAGUUGUCAUGGUGAUUAAUAUUCUGUUUUGAUUGGUUCCCAACUGCUUGUUCUCUUUUGUUGUUGUAACUCACUGUGUUUUUUAUUUUUAAUGUUGUUCAAUGUGUUGAUGGAUCUGAACUAUAUUGUGACUGUAUUUUCAUAUUGAAACAACGGUUAGCGUGGUGUUGUUAGCCUGCCACUGUUACAGAGUCCCCGUCCCCCCCACCACCACCACAUCCCCUUGUGUGUGAGACGAUGCUUCAUGAUCCUACAGGCGGGUUGUUACUACGCUGCUCUACUUCAAAUCAAUGGGAGCUUUUUCUUUCACGUGGUUUUUUUAUAGCAAUGAGUUUGUGACGUAUUGACUGUAAGACUAAUGCAUACGUUUUGUAUGGAUACCUGUGUGUGACUGUGUGUGUGGGGUGGGGGGGGUAAAUCAUUUGGUUCCUGUUCAACAGUGUUCUUAACCUGAAGUUAAUUGCUGAUAUUUGGCUGUGCUAAUGUUGUUCUCUCAUCAUAUUCUGACAUUUUUAAUAUGGACUGGACAUAGUUGAUCCUUUUGUUCUCUCAAAGUUUUUUAUUUUAUUGAUUUUUUUUAUUUUUUUUUACUACAAACUACUUAGAAAUUAAAUGCAUUUUGUCUACUUUGCAAUAUUUUCUUUUUAACUUAAAGCUAAACUGUAAACUAGGUGUUAAGUACUUACUAUGAUGACCACUGAAUUCACGAUCAUGUUUGGUACAGAGUUCCAAAAAGCGGUGCCAUGAUGAUAGCAUUAUGACAUCACAGAGACUAUUAAUUACAUCACUGAAAUGAUCUAUUAUGACAUCACAGGGUUCUGACUGUGUGGCAUGGUAGGUUCCCGUGGCGACAGGGUUGUGUUUGGUUGCUGCUGUACGCUGCCAAGAACUGUCAAUAAAGAGGUUAUGUGUUCUGUUGUGAGCACGUGCACCACCA